AUUGUCACACUUUACACAUCGGAUUUGCCAGCGAAAAGGACUUCCACAAUGCCCGUAACAACUUCCUACAACGCCGACUUCACACGAAGCUGCCUGGCUUUAUUCACGCUCUUCCUGUUCGCGGCUCACAUCAGCAUAACUUCCGGUCAAAUCGAUUGGGACGACGACGAUGAUCCAGUUUCCACAGUGGCCGUGGAGGCCGUCCUGGGACGAACCGCAUCCUUGCCGUGCGACAUCGAGCCGGAGGCGAAGGACGAUCGGGUGUAUAUGGUGCUCUGGUUCCGUGAGAGUGCCGGCAAGCCACUUUACAGCUUCGACGUCCGAGGCAGGCCCUUCGAGAAGGCCCUCUACUGGUCGGACACCAACUCAUUUGGGCCACGUGCGUACUUCGUUACCGGACAGCAGCCGGCCAAGUUAUCGGUGGACAACAUUCAGCUGGAUGACGAGGGCGUUUACCGCUGCCGCGUCGACUUCCAGAACUCGCCCACGCGUAAUCAUAGAAUUAACUUAACGGUUAUUGUUCCUCCGCACCAAAUACUCGUGUACGAUGCCUCCGGUCGCGAUGUCGCCGGAGCUGUGGGUCCAUUGCUCGAGGGCGAUAAUAUUGUGUUGACAUGUGAAGUGCGUGGCGGUCGACCCGAACCCACCGUGACCUGGCUGAACGGGACGCGGACCCUGGAGGCGGGCAGCGGGGUCUCGAUGGGCCGCCAUGUGACCGUCAACCGGCUGGAGGUGGCGCAGAUAUCGCGGUCCGCCUUGAACAACACGUACCGCUGCCAGGCCUCGAACACGAAGCUGGUGGCGCCCGUGGAGCGCAGCAUCCGCAUCGAAAUGUUACUCAAACCCACGUCAGUCAAUUUAACCAAUAAGUUGAAGGUCUUCGCCUCGAACACGCAGUACAACCUCACCUGCAUUGUGGCCGGAUCGGUGCCGGACACGGAAAUCAAAUGGACGCAGAAUAAUCGGCCCUUCAAGCGUGGCCUGCUGUCAACGAGCCAGGGGAAUGGCAGAGUCAUAUCCACACUGACGUUCUAUCCCCAGCCGGAGGACGACGGCACGAUGCUCAAGUGCGAGGGCUCCAACCCACGACUCCAGAACUCCGCCAUCGAGGACUCGCUCAUGAUGAAUGUCAUCUAUCCGCCACAGGUCACCUUGUCGCUGGGCUCCACCCUGCGUCCGGAUGACAUUAAAGAGGGCGACGACGUCUACUUCGAGUGCCACAUCAAGUCCAAUCCCAAGGAGCACCGCAUCAUGUGGUCGCAUGACGGCCAGCCGGUUACCCAAAACGUGUCUUGGGGCAUCAUCAUCUCCACCCGAUCCCUGGUCCUCCAGCGAGUGGGUCGUGUCCACUCGGGAUUCUAUGCCUGCUCGGCGGCCAACGACCGCGGGGAAACCCAGUCAGCUCCGGUCAACCUGAGGAUAAGAUAUGCGCCCGUCUGCAGCAGCAGCUCCAUCACGGUGAUUGGAGCCUCCUUGGAGGAGGCCGUGCCCAUCCCCUGCCGCGUCAACUCGGACCCCCAAAUCGACUUCGAGUGGACCUUCUCCACCAGCGGCGAGCACUUCGAGGUGCCCUCCGGCCACUACGCCACCAUCCAGGACCCCACUAUGACCACCACCAGCGACGUGAGGCGCACCGUCGUCGAGUCCAACGAGACGCACUUCGAGAGCUACGUGGAAACCAUCAGCGAACUGAUCUACACUCCCAAAGGCGAACGGGACUACGGAACGUUAGCUUGUUAUGGCCGGAAUGCCAUUGGGAAACAGUCGGAUCCGUGUGUGUUUCAGGUGGUGCCAGCAGCCAAGCCGGGGGCACUGCGAAACUGUACACUGCGGCCGUAUGUGGUGACCUCCGCCUCGCUGAACUCAUCGAAUCAGACGACAAUGCACGCCAAUCAAAUGCUGCCCACACAAUACGGCAGACACGAGUCGAAUUACCCGCACAUGGAGUACGUACGUGAGCGCCAUAACGCCACUGCCAGUGCCACUGGCACUGCCACUGCUUCUGGCCACAAUGCCACUGGCCGGAACAAUGCGGCCAAUAAAAGUGCGAGGGCCAAGGCGGCGGGCCAGGCUAGUCAGGCUGGCCAGGCCAAAUCUAAUAAUAAGCAGCUCAGUCAGCAGCAGUUGCAGCGCCUCAAGAAGCGGACAUCAUUCACGCCCUCGCAGACAUUGGCGGCCAUCGAGAAGCAGCGCCAGCGGAAGCAGCAACAUCAGCAGCAGCACCAACAGCAACAGCAGCAGCAGCAACAUCAGCAGUCGCAGCAGCAGCAGCAGCAGCAACAGAAAGCCACUGCUGGGAAGUCCGGUGGCGAUAGCAAACCUGAUGGAUCGCCGGCCAAGUCGCAGAAGCAGCGGAUGCGGCGAGCCAGCCAAAUCCCGCAGGAACAGGAGCAGGAGCAACAUCAGCUGGGUGCAGGCAGCCAGCUUGCAGCAUCAAUAACCAAGCGGCGGCAGAGGGGGUCGGAAUCAGAUUUAUCAAUGUCACAUGUAGGCAAAGGCAGCAAGAGCGGCAGGAGCAGCAAAAGCAGUAAAAUCAGCAAAAGCAAAAGCAGCAACAUCAACAUCCAGGGAAGCAGUAACAAUGGCAAACUGCCAGCAAAGUAUUUUAAUAAGCGACAGAAAAACAUGCAGAGAACGAGGAAGCAACAGCAACAGCAACAGCAGCAACAGAAGGGAACAAACGAGCACAACAGCGAUAUAAUCCAUCAUUAUGCAACUUCGAGGAGAAGAAAGCGGCUGGCGGCAAAUGACAUCUUGGCAACUGCGGCGGCGGCAGCCACAUCGGCAUCAUUAUCGUCCUCCUCGGCCACCUCGUUGGCAUCCACGGCCACGGCGGCGGUGGAAAUCGAGCAGGAUGAUGUUGUUGCUGCUGCUGCUCCUCCUCCAUCCAGCAACACCAACAGCAACAACAGCAACCAGAAGCGAGCUCGCAAAUCCUUAGCCAUCCUUGACAAACAACAGAAGCAGCAGAAACAGAAGCAGCAGCAACAGUUGCUGCCACCAAAUGCGCCGCAAAUAAGCAACCAGCCGGCAGCAGCAGCAGCAGCAAUUAGCGGCAACAAUGUCAAGGAAACAGCGGCAACAUCGGCACAAGUUGCAGCUGCAGCUGCCGCGGGAGUCAAGGACAAGGCGUCGCCCAAGGAGGACUCCCACGAUGACGAAGCUGAUGCUGACGACGACGAAGAGGAGGACGAAGACGAUGAUGAUGAUGGCGAUGGCGAUGGUGAUGGCGACGGCGAUGAUGAUGGGGCAGAGAUGGAUGGCGCAACGGGCACUAAUGACGAGGAGGAGGAAACAGAGGCAGUGGCACACGAUGACGAUGCAGACCUGGAUGAAGACGUCGCCCAGCUGGCCACCGAUGCCGACUACUUGGCCGACGGUCCUGCAGGCGACCUGGAGGAUUACGAGACGGUGGAGGAGGUGGACGGCCAGUCGAAGCACGAGCACAUACUCUCCUUGGAGGAGCAGCUGGACCUCGAGUCGCUGGAGGACAACGUGGAGGAGGAGGACGACGGCGAGGUGGAUGACAUGUACAACGUGAGCGAUGACGACUUCGUGGCCAGCGUGGGCCUCUCCACCGCCGACACCACGAUCCCAGUUGCUCCGAGGACCACAGAAGCUCCUGCCACCAGGGAGGCGGUCAGCCAGACCACGGAGUCCGCCGCCGAGUGGCAGUUGCCCCACUUUGACUACUCCCGCAUGGAGUACAGCUUCAGCAACGGAGUCGUUACCCAGAGCCUUCUCGGUGGUUCGGGGGCGGGGGGCGUGGCCGGGGGAGGACAUGAUGGCUUCGCAGGCGGCGGCACCAUCAACUUUGACAACUACGACAACAUCAUCUACUCCACGAUGGAGCUGGAGUGCAUGCCGGGAUACGACGGCGGCCUGCAGCAGCAGUUCUUCUUGGAGGCCUACGACUCCAAGACCAAGAAGCUCCGGCUCAACAUGAGCAGCACCUACGUGGAUGUGCCCGUCUUUCGGAUCGAUCUGUCAGAUCUGAUGCCCAUGGACUACUAUCCCGAUGCCCAUCCUGCCCUCCACUUGGUCGUCUACAGCGUCAAUCAGAAAGGACGCUCCGAGCCGAUUGUCCUCGAGAAUGUGCCCAUCAAUGAGGCGGACAAGCGUUCAGAUGGUCGCAUUGGCCUGUCGAUUUUACCCCUGGCUGCCCUUUUGGCCGGCACUUUGUUCACGGUGGGCAUAGCGGUCCUCUCCGUGGUGGUCAUCGCCAUCCGCAGACGUCGAGGCCAAGGAGCGCGGAACAUGUGCGAUGACAAGGACAAGCACCUGGGCAUGGAUGUGACGGUGACGGCGCCUCUGGAAACGGGAGCUGGCCACCAGCGGCUGGUGGUGGCCUACACCCUGAAGCAGGGGAUCGAGAAGCAGCCGGACAUAUUGAGCGCCCAGAAGAGCGCAACAACUGGCGGUGACGCCUCGUCGCCGCUGGGAAAUCGGCCGAGUGGUUUGUGCGGCGGUGCAUCUGCCGCUCCCAUGACCGGCAACUCCGGGAGCCACAAAACCGCGGAUUAUGACGCGAAUGCGCCGCACCUGAACAGCCCGCCGUCGCAGUCCAGCACCUUGAAGCUGGAGAACGACCCGGCGGCGGGAGGAGUGGGGGGCAGUGGCGCCACUGGCCGCGGUGGAACCGCGCCUCCGCUCCUCUACGACGCGAUGCCCACGCUGAGUCGCUACGAGCAGCUGGGCCUGAGCAUGGCCAGCUACUCAGCCGGAGGAGGAGGAGGAGGAGGAGGAGCGGGAACGGGGGGCAGCAGCAGCACCCUCAGCUCCGCCGGCAGCACGGUGAGCAACGCGAUGGCCGCUAAUGGGGCCGCGGGGGCAGGGUCGUAUGCCGCCCACCUGCACCACACGCUGCCCCACAACAUGGCUCCCCAGCGGGGCCACGAUCCGCUCAACCUGGCCGACUACCUGACCACCAGCAGCCUCAUAGACUAUGGCCUCAAUAAGCCGCCCGCUGUGCACAUGACGCUACCCAAGGGAAUGGGCCUGGGUCUCGGCAUGGGCGUCGGCGUGGGAGUGGGCGUGGCUGGGGGCAUGGGAAUAGGUCCGGCGGCGGGAAUGGGAUCCGUGAUGGCCGCCGGCACGAGCCUCUCGCCGUCGCAGCUCAACACCAUCACGCACAAGUCGGCGGCAGGUCGCAACCACAUCAUCACCGACACUCUGCCAGGACCCGAGAGCUGCGUCUAAGCACUGGGCCUCCGAACUCACCCGGUCCUCCUGGCACCCAGGCAUCGCGGCAUCCUGGCAUCCAACCAAAAGACUGGCGCACAGCAGUAGCCCAAAACCCACAGCCGAAUCAUAGAGGCAGCGAACUACUAACUAGUCAUGUGAAGUUGCGGUCAAAUUGUUGUGGAGAGGGGGUUUCGCAAACCGCUAAAACAAUUUUUAAAGAGCAAAUAAAGGAUGGUUUUUCUUUUAUAGGUUUUCUGAUACUUACAAUAUUAUUUACUUUAACGAGAGUGCAUCAUUUUGAAGGCUUACCGGUGGUUUCCGAAACUAAAAGCUUCUUGAAGUAUUCAAAGCAUUUUCUCUCUCUCGAAAACAAAAAAAAAAUAGUCAAUGAAAUUAUAACAACUAUUAAAAAACUAAUAAGAUCAUUUUAAUUGCCUGUAUGACUUUUCACAAAAUAUAAGCGAUUUCGCAGAAGAGUUUUAACUUUGAGUCACUUAAAAAAGGACAAACUUCUUUUGCAAUAUUAAAUAUAGAUCUUUUAAAAAUAUAGGAUAAAGGUGAUUGAAUAUUUUGAAUAGGCAAAGCACGAAUAUGUUUUUUCUUUAUGCUCAAUGUUGUUGUUACCGAAUUCUCUCCAUCAAUUUGUGAUUUUCGAAACCAACCUGUUGCUUUCACCACCAAUUUGGCCGCAACUGAUAAUGGAAACCCUGUUCGGCGAGGUCGCUUAGGAGUAAUUACUAGAUCUAGAGAGUAGCUAAAGUACGAAAUGUAUAUGUAAUGCGUGUGUCUGUGUCUCCGUUCGUUUGUAAAUGUUUAAGCUAAGUGUAAUCGUAGUCGUACUUGUAUACUGUAUACUUUUGACUGGUGUAGAUCGGAGUCUGCUCCCAGCAGUGCGUUGAGGGGUGUUCCCCAAGGUGAAACUAAUCUUCCAAGCCCCCAACUCAGCGAGAUGCUGGGAGCAGAGUUCCCCCAAAAAGAAACUCGUUGUUGAAUCCGUUUGUCCCGGCUAAAAUAGGAGAACAUAUCCCCCAAAAAAACAUAUCCCCUCUGCCCGAGCCGAAAAAAAACCAAGCCGCAACUAUUUGAACUGCCAUCGCAGCCCGAGAUCAAAGUCAGGCCGACCCGAAAAGGAAAAGUUAUAUUGGACACGUCUUGCGCCAUUGCGUGCCCAGUGCCGGUCAUUAUUUAACUUUUAAACACGCGCCAAAAGCAGCAGCAGAUUUGAAUUUAAUGGGCAGCCAGCCCAGCAGCCCAACCCAAUCCGCUCCCCAUUCUGCCCACUUCCCACUGCCAUUAGCAGGGGAGGCGGCCAACAAGUGAGCAAUAAAGAAAAGUUUAGAAAAAUAUGCGACGCAGUCCGCAAUCCACAAUCCUCCAUCCUCCAUUCGCCAUUCCCCGUCACAAUCCAAAUCCCCAUCCCCGAUAAUAAGCUCACGGGCGAUUGAAUGGGUAUAGAGCACAAUAAGCGCGAGGAGAACUGGAGAACUGGGCACGGAUUUGUGCGCACGAUAGCGCAAAACGAUGACAAUAAAUGGAAAAGUUUUUAAUAAGCUAAUAAAAUGAUUUAUGCGGGUCGGCCCGAACCGGGAUAAAAGGCGUAUAGCACAUAGCACACAGCCAAUCCAGCCAAUCCAGCCAAUGGCCAUUUGAUGAGCCCGAUUUCGGACACUUCCGACACCUCAUUGACGGACUUCAACCAGUUGGACCUGAGAGAACACACAACGAAUGUAUCUUGAUAUUAUUUAUGGGCCAUCGAUUGGGUUGGCCACUUUGGGCAGUUCAAAUGGGGGCGGAUCUUCCCCAAUCACCGUUCACUGUUCAUUGGCAAUUGUUAUCAAGGCAUUAGCAUAUCAUAAUGACAACCAGAAAAUAAUGCUAGAGAGACUAUAUCAUAGACAAGGGCUAUCAGUUGGGCGAUUCUUUUCAAUGUACGUCUUGACUUCUAACGAAAACGGUAAUGGAAAACAAAAACUAGUUAAGCUAAUCAUUAAUAGCGUUUAGUGAAUUCAAUGUAAUGUCAUACUGUUUAAAUGUAAAAGUUAUAGCACACCAGGCUAACUGAUAGAGCAAAUCGUAAACUUCCUCCAGGUUUACAAAUAGUAAAAGGUCCCCGCUGUAGAUAUCCAAAAAGAGUGCGAGUAGUGGAAAUUUUUAAACGAUCCCAACCUGUAGCAUCAAGAUCAGCAAACUAUUUUAUGAGCCUCAAAGAGGCCGCCGUUGUACAUACAUGCAUACAGGCAGUCCCCCAACAAACAUAUACACAUCAUUGUAACUAACUACAUAUGUAAAAAUGCUUAAAAUAUUUGUGAUAAAGUAAUAAUGUUAAUGAUAAGAAAUAAAUCGUAAACAUAUUAAUGAAAAUACAAUGAGUUUGAAUUAAA